GUAUAAUAGCAUUCUGAGAUUUUCCAAAAUUUCCCACUGUCUUUGUUUUACAGUGCGCAGAAUUCACUUUUGCUCUAACUUGACUCCAAGAUGACACAAUUUCCCAGUUUUUUUUUUUAACGGCUGGGGGAUGGGGGUAUGCGGAACAGAACACAGUGGUCCAGCUAACCGAUUUCCGCUAGACGUCCAGCUAUCUUUCAAAAUAUUUUGUUUCUGCAUGGCAACUUCAGCCGCUAAAAAAGCAUCCAGCUUACGACGGAACCUGGAGGGUUGGUAAAGGCCCCCUGCGCUGGCCCCGCCCCAUGGGACCGGGCGGCGUGGGCGUGAGAGGCGGGGUGGGGCCGCGCUCUGCUUGCCAAUGUCUUUAUAGGUCACCCGGAAGGCACGCGGAACCUCGGCGCGCUGCUCCCAGCAGGAUCUCUCCGCCACUCCAGCUCCGCGCCCCUCGCCGCGCCCUUCGGGCGUCUGCGCCGCAGCUGCCGCCCCCGCCUCUUUGGAGUCUCUCGCGGCCUCAAAGCGCGGCCUGCGUCGCUUCCGGCAGUUCCCGACCGCGGGCGAUGGCUGCCGCUGGGGGCGCCCGGCUGCUGCGCGCCGCUUCUGCUGUCCUCGGCGGCCCGGGCGGCCGGUGGCUGCACCACGCUGGGUCCCGUGCUGGAUCCAGCGGCCUGCUGAGGAGCCGGGGGCCGGGCGGGAGCGCGGAGGCGAGCCGGUCGCUGAGCGUGUCGGCGCGGGCCCGGAGCAGCUCAGAAGAUAAAAUAACAGUCCACUUUAUAAACCGUGAUGGUGAAACAUUAACAACCAAAGGAAAAGUUGGUGAUUCUCUGCUAGAUGUUGUGGUUGAAAAUAAUCUAGAUAUUGAUGGCUUUGGUGCAUGUGAGGGAACCCUGGCUUGUUCAACCUGUCACCUCAUCUUUGAAGAUCACAUAUAUGAGAAGUUAGAUGCGAUCACUGAUGAGGAGAAUGACAUGCUCGAUCUGGCAUAUGGACUAACAGACAGAUCACGGUUGGGCUGCCAAAUCUGUUUGACAAAAUCUAUGGACAAUAUGACUGUUCGAGUGCCUGAAACAGUGGCCGAUGCCAGACAAUCCAUUGAUGUGGGCAAGACCUCCUGAACUAGAACAAAUAGGAAUAUUUUCAUGAAAUUUUACCUAUUUUUAUAAUUAUUAUUUCUUAAAGUGAUUAAAUGAGAACAUGGAUGAGUGGACUUCGUAUUAUGACUAGCUUUACUAUUUUAAUUCACCUUGCAUAACUACUGAAUUUUGUCAUUCUUGAAAGUAUGCAAUUUUUAUUUUGGUUAUAUUACAAAAAUGUCAAUCAAAGAUUAAAAAAUAGUUAAUGUGAUAGAAAAACCUUACAUAUUUUUUUCUUAUGUUUGUUUAGCGACUUUAGCAAAAUGUUUUCAUAUAAUCUCAUCUGUUUACCUAGAAGAUAGGUUAAGGAAAUACAUUAUUAUUCCUGUUUGAUGUGGGUGAAGGCAGAGAUCUAACCUGGCUUGUUUAGGGCCAUACCACUAAUUAGAAAAUCUGUACUAGAACCUGUGUCUUAUUACUAUAAGGUAUGUGUUCAGACUGAAACUGGAGAAAUUAUGACUAUUUUAUUUAUAGUAGUAGUUAAAUCUGAAUGUGUAUGGACAAAAAUAUUUAAUUGCUCAGUAAACUGCUUAACUUCAAAGAUAGUUAUUAACCUUAUAAAUAAAUAUUUCAAAAUUUUGAUUCUGAAGUCUAAGUCUGAGCGUAGACAUUAUAAUGCUAUCAAAGAAGUUUGAUCUCUGUUUUGACUAAACUAGAGGAAAAAUGAUUGGAUGUGUUUAUUCUUUUCUAAGCAGAAUGGUUUAACUUUGUACUCUUUGAAAAAUAAUGCUGAUUUAUAAAUCUCUGCCUAUAACAGAGUGGAAACCUUA